AAAUGAAUGGCUCUUAAUCCCGGCUCUGAGAUAGCACGCUUGCCUCGGUAGUAUCGUUGCAUCCAGCCACUCAGUAUGCUUCGCAGUCCACCAGAAUGAAGUCCACGAUUGCAAUUUUGCUGCUUGCGUUUUCCCUCGCAAAUGGUUACCAGCUGACCGACGAGGAGUACGAUCCCUUCGAACCGUUCAUCAGCGGCGGGACCAAUGCCGUCCUGGGACAAUUCCCUUCCGUAGUCGCUGUUGGCGUUCCCACGCCUAACAAUGCCUUCUGUGGUGGCGUCAUUCUCAACGAAAACCAUGUCCUGACGGCAGCACGGUGCGUCCUUACGGCCCAAAAUACUCUGCUCUUCCCGAAUCAGGUCACCGUUAUGUCCGGGGCGCUUCAGCUGAACUUGGCCGCACCCCGUAUUGGAGUCUCCGCAGUGUACGUGCACCCGCAGUACAAUCCGUUCACCUUCGCCAACAAUUUGGCCGUGCUUCGUACUACGUCUAGCUUCCUGCCACCGAUGGUUGCCACUCCGAAUAUCGGCUUUGCUCUGUUGGGCGAUGAGGUUCCCUUCGACGGAAUGGCAUGUCAGGCGGCCGGAUGGAACAACGCCACCACCAAUCCUCUUCAGCAGUUCAUCAACGCUCCGAUCCUGAACAGAGACACUUGCAACGCGCUGGCACUGAACUUGGGCCGCAUCGACGAGUCGAUGGUUUGCGCUGGCGUUACCGGAACUGGACCGGGAGUCUGCGCGAGCAACAUGGGAACCGGUCUGUUCUGCGACGGUCGAUUGGCUGGGCUUUUGUCCACCGGAUUCGGCUGCGGUCAGGCCAACAAUCCCGGAGUUUACACGCAGAUUCGUUAUUUCUCAGCGUGGAUUAGGCAGCAGUUUGACCGACAGGAUAUUCCUCUGGGGGGCUCGUCGCCGAUUCCGAUUUGGUAAGAGUUGAGGGGAUAAAUAAGUAAAAUAAAAAAGUUGGAUUUAUUCGAA